ACACAAAUGAUACCACCCCCUAAAUAUAAUCGUCUGUCCUCAUAAAUCCUGCUCCUGUUGAAGAAUAGAGGGUAAAGGCACAGACACUCACUGCACCUAUUUGAGAAAUAUGACUACCUCAAACCAGAAUGUUGAGUUUGUGAGGACAGGUUAUGGGAAGAAGCAAGUUAAAGUUCUGUAUAUUCGGAGGGAGAGGAAUCAACACUACAUAUUGGAGCUGAAAGCAGAUGUGCAGCUUACGCUAAACUCUCUGAAAGAUUACCUCACUGGAGACAACUCGGACAUCAUUCCAACCGACACCAUCAAAAACACUGUCCAUGCCCUGGCUAAGCUAAAAGGAGUUAAAACCAUUGAGGGCUUUGCCUUGGACAUCUGCAAUCAUUUCCUGACAGCAUUCAAACAUGUCACACGAGCAAAGGUCAACAUUGAGGAAGCUCCAUGGAAGAGACUCGAAAAGAAUGCAGUUGAACAUGCCCAUGCAUUCAUCCUCUCUCCAGAGUCUUUGCGCUUCUGUGAGGUUGAACAGUACAGAAAUGCGAAUGCAGUGAUCCACAGCGGAAUCAAAGACAUGAAGGUUCUGAAGACCACGCAGUCAGGUUUCGAGGGCUUCCUGAAAGAUCGCUUCACCACUCUGCAGGAAGCCAAGGACAGAGUCUUCUGCACCUCUGUUUAUGCUAGGUGGCGCUACAACCAGCACAAGGAAGUAAACUUUGACAUGGCAUGGAAAACUGUGAAGGACAGCAUCAUUGAGAAGUUUGCUGGCCCCUACGAUCGUGGGGAGUAUUCACCAUCUGUUCAGAAGACACUCUACGAUACACAGAUUCUUGUUCUUGAGAGACUGCCAGAGGUCGAGGAGAUUGAAAUCAUCAUGCCGAACCAGCACUACUUUACAAUUGACAUGACUAAACUGGGACUCUCCAAUAAGGAUGAGGUCCUUCUACCUCUUGAUAAUCCAGCAGGCAACAUUACAGGAACUAUAUGCAGGACACCACAAGCCAAACUGUGAAACUGUUCAGAAAAAUGAGGAAUCCACAAACAAGGCCGUCUUAAACAGACUUUAAUAAACCGCAGUAAAAACAAGUCAACAAAAAAAUUAACCCCAUGUAUUCAAAUUUCACAAGUGGAGUUACAGAACACAAGUAAAAGCUAAAAAUAUACACAAGUUAAUUUUUAAAAGACCUGAAUUGGUCAGUGUGGCUCUGAAUGCAAUGGCGCAAAAAAUACUACUCACAUUUAAUAAAUAAGAGCUUUAAUAAAUAAAUUGAAUGGGAACAUGUAUACAUAUACACCAUUACACAAUGUUGUGCAGGGUUAAUAGUGAUUUAAAACACAUUUGUGAGUUGUUGUUGUUUUUUUUUUGUUUGUUUGUUUGUUUAAAGAAAUAUCUGGAUCACUAAUUGAAGGUAUGUGAAAUUAGAUCUAAAUGUAUUUGUAACAAACAGAUUAAAUCUUGUAUGGAUUCCUUUCA